AUGGAUAAAAAGCACUUUAAAGGGAGCCGCCGCUCCGAAUUACAGGAGUUGAGAGAGGAACUCCAAAGCACAGACAAAGAUAAGCAAAAGGAAGCAAUCAAAAAGGUAAUAGGAGCAAUGACAACAGGAAAGGACGUAUCGAGCCUGUUCCCAGACGUAGUAAACUGUAUACAGACGAACAACAUAGAAUUAAAAAAACUAGUGUACCUGUACGUGAUAAACUACGCAAAAGUGCAGCCGGAACUGGCAAUACUAGCAGUAAACACAUUCUGUAAAGACUCAUCAGAUCGCAACCCACUGAUAAGGGCGUUGGCAAUAAGAACAAUGGGAUACAUAAGACUGACGGCAAUAACGGAGUACCUGGUGGACCCUCUGAAGAGGUGUAAAAACGACCCGGACCCGUACGUGAGGAAAACAGCAGCAAUAUGCAUAUCGAAGCUAUACGGUAAGAACCGUUUAGGAAUCUCGCCGACACUAGUGCACGAGGAGGGGUUUCUGGAAAUGUUGCAGGAAAUGCUCUCAGACCAGAACCCAAUGGUAAUAUCGAACGCAGUAGCAACGCUAGUGGAAAUAUCGGAGCUGUCAGGAGAUAACAUAUUCCUGACGAUGCUAAACAGAGAUAAGAACGCACUGGACAGGUUGUUAAACGGACUUAACGAGUGUAUCGAAUGGGGACAGGUGUACAUCCUUGACGCGCUUGUGUACUAUAACCCGCCGGACGCAGUACAGGCGAAGAAGGUGAUCGAAGGAGUGACGCCGAGGUUCUCGCACAUUAACCCGGCAGUGGUGAUGUCAGCAAUCAAGGUGGUGCUGAAGAUGAUGAACAAGAUCCCAGACAAGGAGUACCUGAGAGCAAUAGGAAUGAAAUUGUCAGCGCCACUAGUGACGCUGUCGUCGCUGGAGCCUGAGAUACAGUACGUGGCGCUGAGGUCGAUCCUGGUGGUGAUAUCCAACAUGCUCUGCAUAAGGCUGGAGCUGGCGCUCAACUCGUGCGUGAACGCACUGACGGAGCUGCUGAAGCUGAAGGUGAACUACGUGACUGAGGAGUGCACAGUGGCGCUGCGCGACAUCCUGAGGACGUACCCGCAGGUCUUCUCCUACGAGCUGUUCCAGCUGUGCUCGGACGUGGAGGACAUCUACGGCUCAGAGGCGAAGUCGGCGCUGGUGUGGAUCGUGGGCCAGUACGCGUCGCAGAUCGAGGACUCGACGGAGUACGUGCGGAACCUCUCGGAGACAUUCCACGAUGAGCCGCACUCAGUACAGCUGAGCCUGCUGACAGCAGCAAUUAAGGUGCACCUCUCCUGCGAAAAGCCGGAGCUAGUAUCGCAAGUCAUCAGCAAGCGCGGCCUCGAGAGCAGAAACCCGGACGUGCGGGACCGAGCGUGCAUGUACCUGAAGCUGCUGGAGUCGGGAAAGAAGGUGGCCUCGAAGGUGGUGCUCUCCUCGCUGCCGCCAGUGGCAGAGGGCACGCUCGACAGGAACAUCCUCGACGACCUACUGGAGAACCUGGGCAGAGUGUCCUCAGUGUACCACCUGCCCUCGUGGGCAGUAUCCUUCAAGGACUCGCUGACCGCGAACCCGCCGAAGUACGCGCCGAAGGAGGAGUCGAGCGACGACGAGCUCGAGGGCGACGACUACUUCAAGAGCGACAAGAACAGGGCAGCCUACAGCAUGGACCAGUUCGAGGGAUACUCGAACAGGCUCCCGGGCUACUUCUCAAAGUCGCAGGUGCUGCUGCAGCCCUCGCAGCGCGGCGUCAACGGGCAGCUGGGCCUGGAGAUCUCGGGCUUCCUCUGCCGCCAGGAGGACAGGAUCUCGCUGCAGCUGAAGCUGACGAACAAGGCCUCGGCAGUCUACGUACUCAUGGCGAUGCAGUUCAACACGAACUCGUUCGGCCUGGCGCCGCUGCCGCUAAACUCGCCGGUGACUGUGCACCCGGGGAAGUCCGCGGAGUGCCACGUGGCCCUGAACACGAACCAGAUCCCGUCGAACAACCCGCCGGAAGACCCGAUAACGAUCCAGGCGGCGAUAAAGACGAACCUGGACGUGUUUUACUUCUUCCUGACCUACGACCUGCCGCUGGUCUUCGUGCACGACGCGCGCAUCGGCAGGACGCAGUACGAGGCGCUCUGGGCGCGCUACCCGGCCAGGGACUUCCCCUUCCACAGGAGGGGCAACGUGGUGAAGACGCUGCAGAACUUCAGCGUCUUCCACGUGGGCAGCGGCCUCUUCAACGAGCCCGACGCGGCCUUCUUCUACGCGCAGACCACGAACUCGCUCUCGAUCCUCGCGCGCGUGACCCCGAGCACGCUGACUGUGAAGUCGGACUCAAGCAGCCUGACGACGCUGUUCGCGAAGUCGGUGGACAAGAUGUUCAGCUAA